UGGGGCUCAGUAAGGCAGUCGUUUCAGUGUUCGUUGUUCGGCAACAUGUUCAUCUUCGGAGGUUUCACGAAGAAAGUCAAGCUACGACCUAGCGAUGUGUCCAUCGACAAUUUCCUCUCUAAGCUCCACUACCGCUUCACGUUCGCGCUACUCUUGGCCUGUACCGUUCUGCUCUCUUCGAAGCAGUUCAUCAAGCAGCACAUCCAGUGCAUCAGGGACAAGGGAGAAAAGGGAGGUGUCGUCGACGAUGCCAUAGGCACCUUCUGCUUUAUAUCCUCUACUUUCACCGUCAAUAAGUAUCACAACAGCAGCUACCGCCCAGGUGUCCAUGUCGCCCAGUCCGGCGUAGGCCCCGAGCAGCCUGGUGACGAGUUGACCUACCACGCUUACUAUCAGUGGGUGCCUUUCGUUCUCUUCGGUCAAGCGCUCCUCUUCUACCUCCCACACUACUUAUGGAAGAGCCUGGAGAAUGGGAGGAUCAAAGCCAUUGUCAGUCAAGUCAAGACCUCGAUCUAUACCGCAGAGGAAGACACCGUCAUCAGCGGCUACAAGAUAGAUUCUCAUGAGACGAGGCAGAACCGUGAGAAGCUCUUCAACGACAUUUUCAUCACCUGGGCAAGGAUGAAAAUGAACAGAGACUGGGCCAGGAACUUUAUCAUGUGCGAAAUGUUAUAUAUCGUCAACAUACUUCUUCAGAUACAGUUAAUUGACCGUUUUUUACAGGGCAAUUUCUUAAAUUUGGGUAUGAGGUGGAUAAGAAAUGAAAAAGAAGCUUUGGAGAGUGUGUUUCCGAAAAUCACAAAAUGUUCUUUUAACAAGUACGGUUAUGCCGGGUCCGUCCAGAACCUCGAUAUCCUGUGCGUUUUGCCGUUGAACAUAAUAAACGAGAAAAUUUACACCUUGCUGUGGUUCUGGUUCCUGAUCCUGCUCGUCUUCACCACCCUGGGUACAGUGUGGCGGGUGCUCAGUUUUCUCCUCCACAACAACGGAGCCUUCAACAGGUUGGUCUGGGCAGAGGUAAGUCCUGGGCCUGCUCUCAAAGCAGCCGAGAUCGAGAUGAUAUCCAACAAGCUCUCUUUCUCGGACUGGUUCUUCAUAUACUACAUCGGGAAGAACAUGGAUUCCAGGAUGUUUCGGAGGGUGGUGGCCGACCUCGGCCUGUCCUUAUCCUUAGGUAAGCACUUGAAGCCGAUCAUAGAAUCUGAGAAGUCCAAACUAAAUUCUGAAUCCUAUUGCUGAUCUUCGUAUAUUCAGAAUUCAUUUGUUACAUGAAAUUCAGUAUGGAGCUGAUCGGUGAUUCAAAGAUUAUAUUUCAUCUAAAUAGGUACUUGAAUGGUAUCCGUUUAAAUUAUGUUUUAUAUCAGAUUUUAUUUAUAAUUAAGUUGAAGUAAGCCACAAUUUUAACUUACCUUCAGUUGUUCUUUUGACUACAUUUUUAUUUGUUAAGUAUAAGCCAAAACAAUGACUAAAAUAGUAAAAAAAUAUUUUAUUCAAUAAUAUAGGUACCAUCAAGUAUUAAAAAAAGUUAUAUUUAUAAUGUAAAUAAAGUUUGUUUUUAAUGUUAUAUUUUAAUCAUAAUAAAUGUUAU